GAAGAAGAACAGGAAGAGGCGCAUUAGUGAAGCCGUAAUGAGAGAAAGCAAGAUCAUGACAGAGCCCCCGUCUCAAGCGGGAAAAGAAAUGCCGGCAAAAAAACUGAAACUAAGCAGUGAUGAGAACAGUAACCCUGAUAUGUCCGGGGACGAGAAUGAUGACGCCGUCAGUGUUGAAAGUGGGACCAACACGGAGCGUCCGGACACUCCCACUAACACGGCCAACGCUCCAGGAAGGAAGAGCUGGGGAAAGGGCAAGUGGAAGUCCAAGAAGUGUCGAUAUUCUUUUAAAUGUGUCAACAGCCUGCGGGAGGACCAUGGCCAGCCGCUGUUUGGAGUCCAGUUUAACUGGCACAGUAAGGAGGGAGACCCUCUGGUGUUUGCUACAGUCGGCAGUAACCGAGUCACUCUGUAUGAAUGUCACUCUCAGGGGGAAGUAAGACUCCUGCAGUCCUAUGUUGAUGCAGACGCAGAUGAGAAUUUCUAUACGUGCGCCUGGACCUACGACACAAACACCAGUCACCCCCUGCUGGCUGUGGCCGGGUCUCGUGGCAUCAUCCGGGUGAUCAACCACAUAACGAUGCAGUGCAUCAAGCAUUAUGUAGGUCAUGGGAACGCUAUCAAUGAGCUGAAGUUUCAUCCAAGGGAUCCGAAUCUUCUCCUGUCUGUCAGCAAAGAUCACGCCCUCCGUCUGUGGAACAUACAGACGGACACAUUAGUUGCCAUAUUUGGAGGUGUGGAGGGCCACCGAGACGAAGUCCUGAGUGCUGAUUUUGAUCUGCUGGGUGAAAAGAUCAUGUCAUGUGGAAUGGACCACUCGCUGAAACUCUGGAGAAUCAACUCGGAGCGGAUGCAGAAAGCCAUUCGAGGCUCGUAUGAGUACAACCCGACAAAGACAAACAGGCCUUUUGUUUCACAGAAAAUCCAUUUUCCAGACUUCUCGACACGAGACAUCCACAGAAAUUAUGUGGACUGUGUGAGGUGGCUUGGGGAUCUGAUUCUCUCUAAGUCCUGUGAAAACGCCAUUGUCUGUUGGAAACCAGGAAAGAUGGAAGACGACAUCGAUCACAUCAAGCCGAACGAAUCCAACGUGACGAUUCUGGGACGUUUUGACUAUAGCCAGUGUGAUAUUUGGUACAUGCGCUUCUCCAUGGACUUCUGGCAGAAGAUGCUUGCUUUGGGAAACCAGGUGGGCAAACUUUAUGUUUGGGACCUGGAAGUGGAAGAUCCACACAAAGCAAAGUGCACCACACUGACGCUGCCCAAAUGCACCUCGGCUAUCCGGCAAACCAGCUUCAGCCGUGACAGCAGCAUCCUGAUAGCCGUGUGUGACGACGCCUCCAUCUGGCGCUGGGACCGUCAGCGCUGAGCCGUCGCGGCAACACAGAACACCCAUCUCCUGCAAAAAAAAAAAAAGAUACUCAACAGGGUUUCAUUCCCAGCAAGAUUUUUUAUUUUUUUUAUCCAACCAAAUUUGGGUUUAUUCAAAAAAAGGUUUAUAGAAUUUCCUCAGUGUGCCUUUAUGUUAUUGUUACAUCCUCGUUUACUGAAAUAAGAAAAGCAACGUUUCAGGUGGAUCUGCAUGGGUAAAUGCCAACGAUUUCACAUAAACAUGUUCUAGCAGUGCAUCUUUGUCCUUUCGUGUAUCUGUUUUAAUGUAUCCCCCCCCCCUCGUUUUACUUUGUUUUGUAUUCAAAUGGUUUGCCACUGGCAUCAUUUGAUUUCAGUCAGUAAAAUGUUUUUUGUAAA